AUGACCGCGGUACCGCUGUGUAUCACAAUGCGGAUUCGAACGGCAAUGAGAAUGCGGCAGAUACUGCUUGCCGGAACGAACGCAAAUAUCCGGGGAGUAUACGGCAGCUGGCAGCACAGACGACGGCUGUCGCAUCACCAAAGGAAUGGCUCAAUCAUAGAUCCUGGACACCGCAUCUACUCGCUCUCAUCGCCCCGCAUAGUCCGAGGAUUCGCUAGAAACACGCUUUACCUGCUGCCCUUCCUCUUCGACAUGUCGACCACAUCACCACAAAAGCGCAGAGCUACGGCGAUGCGCAGCAGCAGCAUGCUCAAUCAGCCCAUGCGCCAGACUCGAUCUAUGGCAAGAAUCUCGGAUCUGAAUCACUUCACCGAGCUAUCAUCAAGCUCGAGGUUGGUCGAGCAACGCCACCCUCCUUCCUCAUCCUCAUCACAUCCACGGAAUGAAUCACCUCGCAAAGCACGAGCGAGCCAAGCUGCUGAGCUGGAAUCAUUCGAUCCCGAUACACCGGAUACCAGCCUGGCUGCAUGCAUGGAGAGUCCCGUCAAGGGCAGAUUCGACGACUUCGAGUUCGAGUUGGAGACCAGCAAUCCGGAGAUUCCGAAUCGACGCAGACGGAUUGCGCCGCCGCGUCAGUCAUCCCCAUCUGAUGACGUGGGUCUGCCUCGCUCCAAGACGUCAACCAAGAUCGACCGGAGCAGCGCACCUUCCGACAACACUCUGAUGACCAGCCGCAAAGAGAACUCGCCGAAAGCACCGUCGGAAACAUUCCGACCCUCAGCAAGUCCGAUAAAGCCAGUCGCCGCUCUUCCGCAAGCUUCUCGGCUGCAUGGUCCAACUCCUUCGCUUCGUACAUCCUCCAACACCACGGCACCGAGCUCGAAUACCCUUGAAUCCACAAUCUCAAGCAGAGCCAGCUCGGCAAAGCCGCUUCACGGUUCAGCAUCCGACAUCAAACCGGUCGGAAGCAGCCGAGAUUCGAGUCAUCGUCUCGUCUUCGGCUCAUCCGGUGUCAAGUCGGAUGCUGCCAUCAAGCGCAAUCCCUUCAUCGAUGAUGCCGAUGCCAACUCCCUCGCCAUGCUCGGCGAGCCACGUCACUCCCCUGUCAAGCGAUUCCAGGCCAAAUCCGAGUUCAUCAUCUCUUCACCGGAUCGACCCGAUCGCAAACCUAUCAAUCUUCUCGAGCUCAAACCGUCACCUGGAAAAGCUCAGCGCGGCAUCUUCCGACACAACUCUGCUCAGGACGAUGAAGACGAUGACGAUGAUGAUUGGGAUGAAGGGUCCAACACCGUGGAUGAGAUCAGGCUUGUGAAAGGACCUGCACCCAAGCGGGACGAGGCUGUCAACCGCAAGGACCAAUUGCCGUCUUCGUCUGGCUCGACUGCAUCAGCAUCUUCCUCCUCGAACACCAAAAAGCAUUUCAUGCCACGAUCUACAACGUCGCUGGAUGUGAAGCAUACUCUGUCUUCCGAAACGUCGGACGCGCUCGCCAGUCUCGAGGCUUCACUAGCCCGACUCAAAGCCAAGACUCGAAGUCCUCCAAGCUCAGGCUCGACUGCAGUCGGCAUCCAGAAGAAGCAGGACAGUGUCGCAACUGCAGAGACAGCUCAGAAGCGCGAGCUGGGGACCGCCCGACCGUUCGGUAUGACCUCCAGUCGCACCAUGAACUUUCGCACUGCCAAGAGUAUUGCAGGUGGCAGCGAUUCGUCUUUUAGUGGACGAUCUAAUGCGGCAGACCAGAGCAGCGACAGUGGCGGUUUCAAACGUCCCUCUGGUCGCAUCUCGGCCCUCGCCAAGUCUCGCGAGACGAGCUCGGACCUUCGGUCGGUGAACAACCCUAGCCUGGCGAGCUCCAAGUCGAUGAUGUCGUUCGGAGCUCCGAGACUGCCUGAUUUCAGCGGGCUCGCUGGCAAGUCUGCGUCGAGGCCGCCGGUGUCAGGAUCGCGUACGUCGAGUCUCGAGAUUGCUUCGAGCAGUCUCUCGAGAGCCGAGGAGGACGCUGCUCAGGAGGAAGAGGUGGCUCGCCUGGCGGAGGCGAAGAGGCAGGCUGAGAUCAAGGCUGCCAAGCGUAGAUCCAUGUCGUCGCUGUCCAGUGGUAUGCCACCGCCUCAAGCUGUUCACAGGAGGGAGUCAGAGAACGCCAGAUCAUCGACGGCCGCCGCUGCCGUUACGAACAAGCCAUCCGCUACUCGCUCCGCAUCCGCCUCCUCAUCCUCAUCGUCGGGCGCAGCAUCCUCUUCCGCUGCAACAACCGCAGCACCUUCCCGACCACCAACAGAAGCCGAACUCGCCGAGGCCCGUCAAGCAGCCAAAGCAGCCCGUCGACGCUCGCUCUACACCUUCGUCCCCACCAAACGCGAAGACGGUGAUGCCGACCGAUCCACCGGCAACGUCUCUUCCAACCUCCUCGCCAUCGGUUCUGCGACCGAUGGUUCCGAAGGCGAUGCAUCGACUUCAGCACCGAAGAAGCAACGUUUCCUCCGCGGUCUCACCGUACUCGUCGAUGUACGCGACCAGGAUGGAGAGGACGCCUCGGCGUGUUGGAUCGACAUGCUCAAGAACGCGGGUGCCAAGGUGAUGGUGAGGUUUGGAGAGAGGAAGUUGACGCACAUCGUGUACAAGAGUGGAAGGCCGAGUACGUUGCAUUCGUAUCGUGCGUUGGUGGAUCCGAAACCUCAUGUUGUGGGGAUUGGGUGGGUUGUGGCGUGCUUGGAACAAGGUCAGAAGGCAGAUGAAAAGCCGUAUUUGGUGGAAGUUGCUAAACAGGCCAUCUUCGCUCAGAGCGACAGACAACCUUUUCGAUCCGGAUACCCCGACGAGGACGUGCCGCUUGUGAAUGUCGAUAUGGUCGUCAUCGUCUUCGCUUGGGUUCAGGGCUGGGAUCGGGCACCUCGAAAGACCAGCUCUCUCCCGACACGGCUACGCCUAGCACGUUAUACGGUGAACUCUGUGUUGGACAAGGGGGUGUUGCCAACACAAAGAGAGGGCGCAUCCUUUGCGAGCUGCAGCCAAGAAGAGAUGCAAAUCUCGAAUACCAAAGGGCGAAGGCUGACUGUGACUUCUAUGCUUGGACAUCGACUCCCUAACAACGUGUUGCGUGCGUCGCAGUCAGCAACCGAGUCUUCAUUUCGACCCUCGUCCCUCGUGUAG